AAACAAUAUAGCAUCCAAAACUUCAUACAAGAAAGAUCCUAACACAUGGAACUAGGGUUCCUCAAAACCUAAGUGAAGGGAAGUUACUCCAUAGAGAAGAGAGAGACUGCAGAAAUCUGAUCUGGAUCUUCAAUCUACAUCUCCAAGCUUGAUUCCCGAGCUCCAAUGGCUAAGAAAUCCUCCAAAAUAGCUCCAAGAAUGUUCCCAAGCCGCUCUCUCUCUAGGGUUCGUCCCUUGGGUGUUUGGGAACCAAAACCUAGCUCUCUCCCUCUCCUUUGGCUCGAAAUUGGCUUAAAACCAGAAAUUCCCGACUCACACGACCAGGCCACACGGCCUUGUGACUUUCCCAACUGCCCGUGUGAGUGUCCAAACGCGGCAUUUCGAUUAGUGGGCAACCAGGCAAGCUGCACGGGCAGAGGCCACACGGCCGUGUGGCUUUUACUGAGCCUUCACACGACCACAAGGGGCCCCUACACGGCCGUGUGAGGUGCAAUGGUGCCCGUGUGGCUUCCCAGCUUCUCGCCAAACGUCCAAACUUCGUCCAAUCGACCCCAAACUCGUUCCUAAACCUUCAUUCACGUACUAGGACGUGAAAUAUCACAAACAAGAACAACCUAGCGUGAAAUCAGCCUAAAACACGAGAAUCAACAUCUCAAAUGGCUCAAGAAUAGGGGUAAAAACAUGUGUAAUUAUUGGUCUAUCAUUGCACUUGGCCACUUUCUAGUGUGACGGCAGAGGCGUGUCAAGUUUUUGGCCCCGUUGCCGGGGACUUUCUAUAUUAUUAGGAAAGGCAGAAGUUUGUUACUUUAGCAUUUUUCUUUUCUUUUCCACCCUUGCUUUUCACUUGGGUGUUUUUGUUUUUGUUGGUGCAGUUCUGAAUCAUGGAUCCUCAUGGCUUCUCCAACCAUGGGGGUAUCCAACACCGUCCGAGUGGUAUUACCCCGAGACUUCCUGGAGCAAUCAAGGAGGAGAAGGCUAUGGAUUCGGGUUCUAGUACCAACCCCCUUACUAUGGAGAACAACCGGACCCUUGGACAUUUCAAGAACAGUAUCCUUAUGAAGAAGAAUUCCUCCCACAACCAGAAGGGCCAUCGGAGCUGGAGUUAGCCCCGACGGCCUUCAUGGGCCAAUUUGCAGAGCCAUGCUAUACUCCACGACCAGAUUCAAACUAUGAAUUGAGGCUUCUCGUGGAGCAGUUUGCUCGGGACAUCGAGAGACGCAAUCGCAAGAUGAACCUCUUUUUCCCAUCUUUUGCUCCUCCUAACUCUUCAUCCCUUCGUGAAUCGGAGGAGACUGUUCCACACUCAUCAAAGCAAACAGAGCGGAUUCAGCAAGUUUGUGCACAACUUGCUCAAGAUCACCCUUCUGCUACCAUACUAGAAGAGGAGGAGGAAGACGAAGGCUAUAAGGACAUUGUGGAGCAAACAGAAGUUGUCACAGAGAGCUCCCGUGAAGAUCAUGAUCAAGAAUGUUCUGUUGUAGCCGACCACACCUUCCUACAUCCCACACCGAUAUUUGAAGAGGUGGGCUUGAGCAAGGAGAUGCAAGAUGAUCUCAUGAAAGAAAUUGCUUGGCAACUUGAUCUCCAAUCCGUGGUAGAAGAAGAAGAGCGAGAAAGGAUGAGGAAAGAAGUUGGGGAGGAUGACGGAAGUGAAUUAGAGGAAGUUCUUGAUCUUUUCCGAAUGGAGGAAUUAAAUUAUGAAGAAGGAAGGGGGGUUGAAGAAGCAAUUGGCGUCCAGGAUGGGGACGAAGUUGAGGUGGAAGAGGCUUGCACUGGCCUUAUGUUGCAAGUAAUAUCCCCACCAAACUUCAAGGAACUGCUUAGCAAAAACCCAUUUGCAGUGUCUCUUUGCCAGACCAAGGCCACAUCAACAUCGGUCCCUCUUGGUGGACGCGAUGGUGGUCAAUCGAUGUUGUCAUAUCUGGUUUGGGGCAAUGAGACGAGAGAAGAGAAAAAGAGGUCUCGAGGGUGGAGACUUCAUCUACAUCAAAUGCAUGAGCUUCCAUCACCUGUCAUAUCACAUGUUCGUGACUUGAGACUCCACCUCAUCUAUAGACCCAGAAUUGCAGAGACCAUUUGCUGUAAAGGAAUGUUGUUGCUAGAACAAAUCUUCAGCUCCUGCACUACUUUAAGUAAGACUUGGAAGGGAUAAACUAUUCUACCUGCACCAUACAAUCGAGAACAUAUUUCUCUCCAUAUAAGCACCACACAUAAACCAUAAUAGCCUACCAAUCUUGGCUGCUACUCUAUUGACAACCCAUCUAAAGACAACCAAUUUAGUUGAGUCUGCCAAUCCGAGAAAGAGGGCUAACUACAAAUCUUCUGAAGCACAAUUUGCAACACUGCAUUUCUUUAAGAACACACAUUAAAGAGAUGAUCUCUACUCUCAAGUCUAUCUGGGCAUAACACACGGUUGCUAUCACAAGACAUGCCCCAACUUAAUAGCUUGUCCUUAGUUGCGACUCUGUGCAGUAUACCAACCAAAUAAGUGUACUAUGCUUAG